GUUUUGACAAAAAUGGUGCGUUGUGCGUUUGGUGCUUUCUUCACGUUUAACAAAUUAGUGUGAAGUUCUUCUGAUUAAAUGUGGUUUUGUGUUGAGAAUUUAGAUACAAACUGAAUGUAGCACUUUUAUGAGAUUGAAUGAAAGUGAUAUGUUUAUUGUUUACCAAAUGAAGCGUUGUUUAUUAUCAGCAAUGUUAAGCGUCUGAGUAGUAUAAGGGCGUUAAGCUAAUAUAUUAUUAGUAUAAUGGAAGGCCAGCCGCUGAAUUGUCCCCUUUGUUGCAAUACAACAUUUAGUUCUAAACAGUCUUUGGUAGAUCAUUUAUCAAAUACUUUGGAAAACAUACACUGUCCUCUUUGUAAUAAUAAAUGCUCCUCACUGCCACACCUUAUUGCACAUUUGUCUCAAGAAAGCUGCCAGUCCGAAAAUAAUUUACUAAAUAAUGUAAAUGUACAAAGUAUUAUAUUUGAACACAAAACUGAGGGCAAUAGUGAAAACUCUACAGAUAUAGAAAACGCUGAUAUUAAAGUAUUUCAAAAUGAAAUCAACACUAAUUCAGAACACCAAUUAGAUGCGAAUGAAGCUAACAAAAUGUAUGUGGAACUGUUCACGAAACAGCUGAAACCUUGUUUGCAAACGAGAGAAUUGAAAUUGAUAAAAGAAAAUGGAGAGAGCCGUUACAUGAUUGUAACGCAAGAGGACACGGACCUGAGUGCAGGAAAUACUAUUGUAACUAAGAAUACUGAUGGCACUAUAUCUUUGACUACUGUAAAAGACAUGGAGAUGCCAACUGAAACGAUGAUAGCUACAGACUCUAUACCAGAUGACACUCAAGAAGAGAUCUACAGCUGCAAUACUUGCAAAGUAUCCUUCACUUCAGUCUUAGAACAUAUACAGAACUACCACAAUGAUCAGGAAGUUGUUGUUGAGUCUGAAUAUUUACAGGAGCCGAUUGAUGAUAGACAGAAUGACAGUAACCAGUUAGAAUAUGAACCAAUGGACAGUGAAGACGCGUUAGUGACUUCCGACAAACAAACUCCUCGACGAGUCAUCACUGACACUGGAGACAUAGUCGAAGAGCCAAUACUGUUCAAAACUGAUGCGCAUAUUGUCUCCGAUUCUCUGGAUUUAGGCACAGACGAAAAAAUUAAGAUAGAGCAGACCGAACCAGUUGGGGUCCUUACAAAACGAUACAUACAAGUCAAAACGAUGUCUGGGGGUGUCAUCAAAGAUAUAGGCCAAGCGAAUGAGAAUGAAGAUGUUAAAGACUCCACCAUCACAGAGCAUAAAGACAUCGUUGUCACAAGGCGGUACAUACCAGUCGACAAAGGUGCCUUAAAAGAUCCCAUACAGAAUGAUGAGAAAGAUAAAAUAGGUCAGUUCCACAAGGUGGUUGUCAAAGAAGUCCCAACUGACUGCGGGUUCGCGCUCAAAACGUAUCAGUGCUUAGCAUGCAACAUUAGCGUCACUAAUUUGGACGAAUUCAAAAUCCAUCCUUGUAAUAUAUUAAAAUAUCCGUGUCCCUAUUGUCCCGUGGCAUAUGAAAACUACAAAUCACUAUGUGCUCAUAUGAAAGCACAUAAAGCUAAAACAGAGCCACAUGCCCUACCCAUAUCGUACGAGUGUGGAAUAUGCAACACUGUGUUCCCGACUAACAAGUCACUGAAACUGCACAAACGGAUGCACGAUCCUAUUAAGACUCGUGCUAUAGAGCCGCCAGUUGAAAACACGGACGGUACGGAAGUAAGUAAAGCGACGUACCGCUGCACAAUCUGCGAUAAAAUGAUCCCCUGCGACUACAAGACCAUUCAUCAGAACUCGCACAAAUCCUCAGAGAAAAUGAACUGCGGCAUCUGUAAUAAGAAAUUCACGUCUUUGGAGUAUUUAGAAAUGCAUACUAGUGUACAUAAUGUAGAUAAAACCCCAGUGAAUAACCAAGAUCAAAACCUGCCCUACAACUGUUUGUAUUGCAACAGAAGAUUCGCCAGGCCACACGAGAAAGUCAAACAUGAACGGAUACAUACAGGUGAGAAGCCCCAUUCGUGCGAGAUUUGCGGCAAGUCGUUCCGCGUGUCGUACUGUCUCACUCUGCACAUGCGCACUCACACCGGCGCCAGGCCCUACGCCUGCCCACACUGCGGGAAGAGGUUCAAGGCGCAUAGUGUAUACAACCACCAUUUACUAACCCACUCGGAAGUCCGCGCCUACAAGUGCCCCUUCUGCCCGAAGGCCUUCAAAACGUCUGUCCAACUGGCUGGACACAAGAACUCCCACACUAAGCCCUUCCAAUGCCAGCAUUGUAACAGGCCAUUUGCAUCGCUGUACGCGGUACGAGUACACACAGAGACGCAUUCGCGACAGAACAACCUGAAGUUCGUGUGCGACAUUUGUGGAGCGAGUUAUGCUCGAGCCUUCGCCCUCAAAGACCAUGUCCAGCAGGCGCACAACCAAGAUCAAGAAUCUGAAGCAUCACCGUCACGUAGCAUACCGGCUGAAGAAGAUUGGAUGAUAAAACAUAAUCAGGAUUCGCUCAACAAAGAUUUGACACAUGAAAUAGACCUGGGAAUGAGUGGUAUGAGUAGCAACGAACUAAUAGUUCCUUAAAACAACAAUAGUAAUUAUAUUGUUAUUUUUUGUCUUGUAAAUAAGUCAGUUUUUGUAAUAUUUGUUGAAG